AUCAAUUACAGUAAGGUACUUGGUUGUUAACCAGGUACUUGGUUGUUAACCAUUAUACCGAUCUAAAAACGGCUGCUAUGGGCCUUUAAAGAGGGAGCAGUUUUUCAAGGAAUGCAGUGUUGAAAAUUCAGUAGAGAGUGCUGGAGCAAAGAACCAAUAAUAAUUCCUCCUCCUUAAAGUGCUCUGAGGGACAUACUGUUCCCCUACUAGACUCACAUGUGCAUACGCAUACACACAUGUGCUCCAUGUAUGUUCAACAUGUUUUCUCAGUUUUGUGAAACACUCCCUGGAGUUUGGACGGUCUAUAUGUCAUUUUUCUCUCUCUCUCUUUAAGCAGUAGUUUGCCCCCCUCUUUGGAUAUUCAAACGUGAGUGUGUAAGCUUCAGCAAAAUAUACUGUAAAAACCUAAAUGUCACUGAGUGCAAGAGAUGUGCUCUGGAUUGGCUGUAGAGGUUUGCACUAAGAUGAGUGAAUGUCUGGCUGUCGCGGACUGUACAGGACAGGGUGUCUCCUAUGUGUUCAUGUGUUGGAGCCCAGCCCACUCUGCCUAGAUCUCUGCUUCCAGCAGCCAAAGGGGGAGUGGCAGAGCUCUGGUGGGGGUGUCCCCUUUAGGCAGACAGUGUACAAACACAUGUGCCAUGGUGCGGCAGAGGUGUGUCACUCCUGGCUCUCUUGCUAGCUCGCCUGCUGAGCUUCCUUCUUUUUUUCCCUGCAUCCCGCGUGUGCACACACCCCCUUCGCCUUUUCCCCUUUUCUUCCCUACUCGCCUCGGCCAGGCUGUUUCUCCACCGACCAGAGAGAAGGUAGGAGGGGUUGUGGGCUUGCUUUUUGUGCCACACUGACUCAGGCACUUCGGUAGAUCAGUGCCUUUUUACUUCCAAGGGAAACUGAUUCAUAGGGAACAUUUCCUGUGUUCCGUGGGACUGAAAUAUAUCGAUUUUCCCAACACAAUAGAAGAAAUAUGGAAACACACAAGGACAGCAUCAAGACUGGAAGACUUUGUUAAAACAUUUUAAGUCUUAAUAGUUGGCAGCCAGUCCUGCUAUUGUAUAACCAGGAGUGACUGCAUUCAGUUUCCUCUGCAUUAAACAAAAUAAGUUAAUUAGUCCUUAAAAGAAAACCCAAGAGGUCAAAAUGGUUGCUGGCAUGGUAAUGCCCCUGGCAGAUCUGAGGGCCAUUUAUGAGCUCCUCUUUCGGGAUGGCGUCAUGGUGGCCAAGAAGGACAGGCGUCCCCAGUGCAUGCACCCUGAGAUCCAGGGGGUUGCUAACCUGAAGGUGAUAAGGGCCAUGGGCUCCCUCAAAUCCAAAGGCUUUGCGCGGGAGACCUUUGCAUGGAAGCAUUCCUACUGGUACCUCACCAACGAGGGCAUCGUGUACCUGCGGGACUACUUGCGUCUGCCACCUGAGAUCGUGCCCUCCUCCCUGCAGCGCGUGCGUCGCCCCGCGUCCACCCUGGACAUGAUGCGUCGGGCCAGCCGUGGAGUGGUCCAGACCGUGGAGGGCCCCCCCUUCUACUCCCCCAAACCCAGGGUCGGACAGGAGAGCCAGCAGGGCAUGAUAGACCGCCAGGGCUACCGCCACAAGAGGGGACUCCCCGGCGAGGAGGAGGCCUCGGGUGAGAGGCCCGCGAUGAGGUUCAGGGGCUCCUACCAGGGCCGCGGCCGCGGACCUGUAGGGGAGCCUGGAGCUGAGACCCAGACUUUCUUCAGAAGAGGCCAAGGUUUCCACAGAGAGGAACAGCGUGUGCCAGAAGAGGGCCAGAGGAGAGGCUUUGCUCCACGUGGCCCUGCAUAUCCUCCUCCUCUGGAGGCUAGGCCUGUCAGAUCCCCUGCUCCAGCCGGAGAUGUCAAACCAUUUGUGCCUGAAGUUCCUGCCCCUGCUCCUAUUAAGCCAGAGAAGACCCAGGAAGUUGCUGUGCUCGUGCCUUUUGCAGAGAUCAUUGAACCAGCAUUCAUCCCUGCAGUGGAACCAGAGGCCCAAGCCCCAGCCCUAGAAUUGGAGAAAGUGGUGGAGGAGGUGACAGUUGAGGAAGUGUCAUUUGAGGCCCCCAUGCCUGUUGAAGAGGCUGAGCCAGAAAAGGAAGAGAUCACCGCUGUGGAAGCUGCAGAGGUGCUCUCAGGUGUGUGGGAACGGGAGGAGCCAAAGCCAGUUGUGAAGGAGAUAGAAGAAGCAGCUGAAGAGGCCCCAGAGCCUGAGGUGUUUGAGGUGGGUGAGGCCAUUAAGGAGGAGGUCCUUGAGGCCACCGCACCUGUUGAAGAGUUUGAAGAAGAGCCCAAACAAUCCACUGAAGGGUCUGCUGAAGAGUCUGCCGAAGAGUCCAUCGAAGAGUCUACUGAAGAGUCCGCUGAAGAGGUGGAAGAUGUUGUUGAGAAAGUGACUGCCACGGAGGUGGUGGUUGUUGAAGAAGCCGCUGUCAUUCAGGCGGUGGUUGUCGAGGAUGCCCCUGAAGUUUCUCCCAAAGACCUCCCACAUGGUACUGAUAUUGAGAUACUCGAAGAGCCCAAAGAAGUUGAGGAGGAACCAUCCACUCAAGAGGAGCCUGAGGCCUCUUCGUCUGAGGCUUCUUAUGAUUCUGAGGCCUCUGAGCCUGAACCAAUCACAGCUGCAGUUGCUACUGAAGCCGAGAGUGAACCAGUUACAAUCACAGAAAACAUUGAAGCUGAGAGUGAGCCAGCUACAACCACAGAAGGCGCCGUAGAGGCCGAAAGUAAACCAGUUACAAUUACAGAAGCCAUACCGGAGGUUAAGGCCUCCGUCCCAUUGACCAAAGCUGACUCCACUGAGCCAGACUCUGACACUGACCUUCCCACCCCACUACCCCCAGUCACAGAGGACUUCACAGACCUCACAGAGUACCAUCAGCAGACAGUGCUAGAGCACAUCACUCAAGAAAUACCCGCUAUGGCAACCUUCAGAUCUGAGAUGCUACUUGAGGGAACCUCCCAGGUAGUAAGCUCCACAGUGUAUUCCACAGUGUUUGAGACCCAAAUCUCCCUGUCUGAGGCCUUCAUGGAACCCCCCUCCAUUGGAAUGGCAGGCACUGUCUCACAGCUUGGACUUGAGCAAGAGGUUAGUCCUCUCUUUGGGGCUGAGUGUACUGCCCCUGUCAUCCCCUCUGAGUGUCCCAUCGCCUCCUCUGAGUGCCCCGUUGCCGCUCUGAAAAAUUCCCUUCCCCAGGGUGACUGGGCCUUUCUCACAGAGGAACCUGAGGAGGAGGAGGAGGAG